CUCAUUCAUUUCUUGUUUUCUUUGGAAGUCAGAACCUCUGCGCAUUCAACCACUGAUCCCAAGGGGCAAAGGCAGAAAUGGAACCCAGAACAGGAUCCUCCUCCUCUGCAUUUCUAUUCACCAAUCUCUGUUCUCUUCUUCUUCUUCUUGUUCUUGUGCUCUCUUUCUCAGGAUCUGCCAGAGCUUACAAGAACUACACAGUCGGAGAUUCUCUGGGUUGGUUCGACAAUCUCGAGAAACCUGAUGUUGAUUACCAGAAUUGGGCUUCUGACAAACACUUCUUUCUCGGAGAUUUUCUCAUUUUCAACACAGAUACCAAUCACUCAGUUAUACAAACAUACAACCACACUACGUACAAACAAUGUGACUAUGACGAUGCACAAGACAAAGACACAACCGAGUGGUCAGCUUCAGAUCCGUCGAACACUGAGGUCCGACCGGUGACGGUGGCUGUGCCGCUGGUGAAGGAAGGGAUGACAUACUUCUUCUCAAGUGACUACGACGGCGAGCAAUGUCAAAAUGGUCAACGUUUUCAAAUAAAUGUGACGUAUGGACAAGGGUUGCCAAAAAGCUUGAGAGAUAACCCUAGUUAUGUCGAUUCUUCUCCUUCUCCUGCUUCAAGCCCAGUUUCUGGAUCUGAUGACGUGGCACCAGACACGAUCGUUAAUGGAAAUUUUACAAACCCUAAGGGAUCAGCAACAAGUGAUAAAGAUGAUGAUGAUGAUGAUGAUGAUGUGAAGGCCAAUUCUGGUUCUGUUUCAGUAUUGAUUCUGCAGAACUUCAUGACAAGUUGUGUGGGAUUGUUGUUUUGCUUGGCUUUGCUUUCUUGGUUUUAGUUUGUUAUGGGAAUUUACUUUAUUACUAUUAUUUUUUUAAAAAAAUUACAGUUUACAUAUUGCUUUGGUUUAUUUUAAAGAUUUUUCUUAUUAUUGUUAUUAUUUAUUGGGAAUGCUGAGCCAUCAAAUUAAUCAUGGGGGUUAAUUUGA